UCCCUCUUAGGCUGUGAGCACCCUCCCUUCUAGCCCGAGUGCCCUUCCUCCCUAGCCUCUUCUCCUUCCUCUCCCCUCUGCCCUUCCUCGGUCCUAAGCUCCCACUUUCCAUCUCCACACUCCGGGCAUCUUGCCCUCAGACCGUCACCUGCACCGGAGCCCAUUAGUGCACCCUCCCGCGGCGGGUCUCUGGAAGACCCUCCGCUUUAGCCUGUGCCCCGGAGCAGUGUUCCCGCUUUCCCGGGUUCCUCCCCCCCUCAUCACCCGCAACACUGCCCCGCACCCUCUCCCUCCGCGUCUUUCCUUCCCCUCCCCGCGAAGUUUCAGGGCUGUCAGUCCCAGAGUCUUUCGGGCAGCCCGCACCCAAGCUGCAGGCAGCCGGCGCCAUUGUGCAAACGGCCGCCGGGACCGGAGGCCCGAGCGCCUGGGUCCCCGAAGCGGGCCGCGGCACGUCGCCGCAGGAGCCCGCCAGGAUUCUCAGUGGGACAGCCAGAGAUGGCUCCCCAAAGUGAGCCCAGGGAUGGGUUCAACAAUGCCCAAGAGAAGAUGUCAUCCUCUAGAGAAGAGAGCACACUGCACUCAUGCCCAGUCCAGGAAUUCCUCACAGUUGUGGCUCCUGUCCACCCUUGGCACCUGCUUCGGCUACUGGGAAUUUGCCUUUGCAGGGCAUGAGACCCGAGCCCAGAAAGAAGGCAUCCACACAGAACAAGCUGAAGCUCCUUGUUUGGGCAGCCAGGCCUGCACCCCACAGAAGGCGGAGCCUGCAGGCUCUGUCCCAGGGGAGGAAUGGAUGAUUCGGAAGGUGAAGGUAGAGGAUGAGGACCAGGAGGCAGAGGAAGAGGUGGAAUGGCCCCAGCAUCUCUCCUUCCUUCCCAGUCCUUUUCCCACUCCUGACUUGGGUCAGUUGGCUGUUACCUACAAACUGGAGCCAGGGACUUCGGGGGCACUAGGUGGAAUCGCACUGUCGGGGUGGGCCCCGAUCCCUGAGAAGCCCUACGGCUGCGAGGAAUGCGAGCGGCGUUUCCGGGAUCAGCUAACUCUGCGGCUGCACCAGAGGUUGCACCGGGGUGAGGGUCCUUGUGCCUGUCCGGACUGUGGCCGCAGCUUCACGCAGCGUGCUCAUAUGCUCCUGCACCAACGCAGCCACCGCGGAGAGCGUCCCUUCCCGUGCUCAGAGUGCGAUAAGCGCUUCAGCAAGAAGGCCCAUCUGACCCGCCACCUGCGCACGCACACUGGCGAGCGUCCCUACCCGUGCGCUGAAUGCGGCAAACGCUUCAGCCAGAAGAUUCACCUAGGCUCGCACCAGAAGACCCACACGGGAGAGCGGCCCUUCCCCUGCACCGAAUGCGAGAAGCGUUUCCGCAAGAAGACACACUUGAUCCGCCAUCAGCGUAUCCACACCGGCGAGAGGCCUUACCAGUGCACCCAGUGCACUCGCAGCUUCACACACAAGCAACACCUGGUGCGGCACCAGCGGGUGCAUGAUGCUGCUAGCCGCACCCGGUCCUCUUCCGACAUUCCUGCUACUCCCCACUCCCCCACCGCGUCUCUUACCGCGUCCCCUCCUGGGCUCAAGCCUUUCGCUUGUUCCCACUGCGGGCAGAGCUUUGGCUGGAAAAAGAACCUCGCAACGCACCAGAGUCUCCAUCUCACCGAGGGCCGCCCUUUUGGGUGCGAUGAAUGUGCACUCGGCACCAGCGUGGACCCCGCCGCCGCCGAGCCGUCGGCCUGCACUCCCCAUGCGCCAGACUGUGGCCCGGGUUCGGGGCCCGCGGCACCCCAGCGCACCACCUCCAGCGAGCGCUCCUUCUUCUGCCCUGACUGCGGGCGCGGCUUCGCCCACGGGCAGCACCUGGCCCGCCACCGGCGCGUGCACACAGGCGAAAGGCCAUUUGCCUGCGCACAGUGUGGCCGCCGCUUCGGCUCACGACCCAAUCUAGUCGCCCACUCCAGGGCCCACAGCGGCGCCAGACCUUUUGCCUGUGCGCAGUGUGGCCGCCGCUUCAGUCGCAAAUCUCACCUGGGCCGCCACCAGGCAGUGCACACUGGCAGCCGCCCCCACGCUUGUGCCGUCUGCGCCCGCUGCUUCAGCUCCAAAACCAACCUGGUCCGCCACCAGGCGAUCCAUACGGGUUCCCGCCCCUUUUCCUGCCCUCAGUGCGCCAAGAGCUUCAGCCGCAAGACCCAUCUCGUGCGGCACCAACGCAUCCAUGGGGAAGCGGCCCUCCCAGCCCCAGCCUCAAACCUCUCUGCUCCAGCCUGGUCCAAUCCCUCCGAAGUGGUGGUACCACCACCAAUCUUCUUUUAAGCUGAGUUCUGACCCUCAUCCUGCCUUUCCAACAGAUGUGGGAGACUCAUACCUGGAGACUUCGUGGGUUUUCAACAUUCACACCUAGGUUGCUGCCAAAGCACCAGGACACUUGAGUCAUUGUCCUUUCUUUAAUGAUAGUUGAGAAGUCCGAAAAACAGUUUUUCUUGACGCUUAUGACAACACACAGAGACUAUCCCUGCAGAUAUCAACCAGACAUUUCUGGGGAUCAAACAGAUCAAGAGGAGACUGACUGAGCAAGAGACCCCUAAAUAGAGGGAAAGAAUAGUUAUUUAUGUACUUGAAGUUCAUUAAAGUUCCGAUCUGAGG